ACUUCUCCCAGCACAUUCACGACACCGCUGCUUCUCGGUCUCUUCGUCCCCCUUUUACCUGGAACAUGUCUGCGGGCGUUGUAACCUGGCAGCUUUCAUUUUCGCGCCCUCGUUCCGCCGCUCCUCAUUUCGUCUCCUGCCAUUUACAUUUCCGGGAAACCGUGGCCAAACCGGGUGAUACCCUUUUUGCCCUGAUUCACUUGACAUCAUCGUGUUAUUGAUCAAGUCAUCGAGAAGCAUACUGAACGCAUACAUAGACAGAAACGAGUCUCUCAACAUGGACCGAAUAUCUUGGUGGUUCGGUAUCUUCAGUGAGGCCAACAGCACUGGUACCACCCCGCAUCCCUGGUACUAAGACGACACAGACGAUCGAAUGUGGUGUCUCCCGAUACCCUCCAGUCGGCUUCGAUCACUGCGCCUAGUCCGCUAUCAGCAUCCCUUGCUCUUGAUACCAAACUCUGGUGCUCGCCUUGCUUCAACCCCUUCAUCUAUUCUUCCUGUUCGGUCCGAUUUGCGAAACGCGGGUCAUGGGUACGACUUGACCACUGCCUGUUGUGCGUGUCCGGAGCUUUGACGCCUUGGGCCUUUCGUGAGUACGCCUAGGGCUAUGCCUCGGGCAUCAUACCUAUUUGAUGCGUUACCAGAGCAAGAAGAGGUAUGGCCGACCCGGAGAUACCUCCCUUUGGGGUCUCCAUGAUGGCCCCUCCCGCCCGGCGAAUCCGAGUCACCUGAGGGAUCGAAUGUGAAAGGGAUGAGCUCUGGGUCCCACAUUCACCCUCAGUAAUUUCAAUGAGUGGCCUAGGAAAUGAUGAUUUGAAGUUCGAGAGUGGUCGAAGAAGCGGUGAGGAUGACCUCGGGUAUCACUGACGGAAGUAAACGGAACCAUUAGCACUGGCGGCUAUGCCGAGUCCUUGUGUGGUAGGCCAACCUUUAAAACUUGUUAUUUUGUAUCUAUAUAUACUGAGGAGAAGACGCCUUCGCUUUCAAUCGCUACUUGAGCAUUGCUUACUGUACUCCGUAAAUUAUUGGACUAGUACUCUUCAAUCAUGUCAAUCGAUCUGGACAAGAUCUGUUUCUACCAACCACCAACACCGGGUGUCCGUCAACGAGCACCCAAAGGAAUAGGACAACAGAGCAACAGCGCAAAUCCCUCCAUCACAGAGGAAGUCGCCGUGAAACCUACAAUUGGAUCCUACACGCAUCAUGGAGACGCAAGCUCAAGCAACAAGUCUGCUGGCCUAGCUCCUGAGGUCCAUCGGCAAUCAGUCGGCAGCGUGCUCACCCCGAGGGACACCACCUGUAGCCGCAUCGGCGGCGAUACUAUACCUAUCAAAACACCUGUCCCUAUGAAAGAGCCUACGAAAUUGGGCAUGACAGGCGAAGGCAGGGCAUCUGAGACAUCAGUUACUCGGUCGUUGAUCAAAGCGCCAACUCCCACAACUUCCCAGCCUAUCACGCUCGCUGAAGCUUCAGCCGGAUCAUUAUCAAAGUCGUGUGAUGGCUAUGAAGUUGAGGGAAACACGGCUAGUCCCCAAUCAACCGGCGAUCGAGCCGAAUCUACACCAGAGACAUCUCUUGAGAGGCACAGCAAAGACGCUGCCUCGACCUCUAUUUGGGAGCAACAGACUGCUUCGUCAAGCGGUCCACAGAGAGGCAGUCUUCCCGCUUGGCUGGAAUGUUGUCGGUCGCAGCCGAUUGACAAAGGCCAUACCCAAGAGGUCUCCGAACCCGUCACAACUGUAUCCGGAAUGCCUGACUCUGUGACGCGGUCUACUGAGGACGACCCGAUGUCUCCAGUAUCGUCACCGUCUGUAACAUCAUCACCACCAGAGAGCGGUUACGAAGUUACGACCACUGGCAUGUGUCAAGCCGUGCUUGGACGGAGCACAUCUGAAAAAACAACAGCUCCUAGCGCCGAGCAACUAUUGGGCAACUCGGGCGAAUCCGAGCCCGAGGUGACUGCUGAGCCCUAUUCGACCAGGUGCAUGUCAUCGCCGGCGCCUCAAGAGGUCGUCAGUCUUGAACAUGUAGUGCAUGUCUCCUUGACGGCAAGCCCAUCUUCAGCCCCUUCAACACAAGCCCUUCGCCGGUCUCGCAGGGGUCGGGUUCCUGCUGGCGGCUAUACUGAGGUUGACUCUGACGCAGAGAGUGACGCCAACGAAAGCGUAAACAUGUCUUUAGAUGAGGACCAACCGCUUGUUACGAGGAGCAGUCCCUUGGGCUCACGAGGCCAGCUCGGCAACAAGCGACGUAGGGCGUGCUCCCACGAAGAAUCCACGAGGGACAGCAGUGCCUCCAAAAAAGUUUGCGGACCAGGAGGAACAUCGACUCAUCCAUCAAAGACCAAAAGAAGGUCACGGCGAAUUGCAGAGCACAAGGAGAUCGGUAUGGUAAGCCCUCCGCGGUCGGAGGGCGCAUCGCAGAAGGAGCAAAGUCCAAUUCAUGUUUUUGCGACCUUUGACGAAUUUCCCCUACACCUCACCCCUUUGAACAACUUCGUUGUCAAGCGUACCAUCGUUGGUCAUGUAACGACGUUCACAAUCGAGUGGCAGCAGGUGACCCCUCAAUGUCGAUGCCAAGUCCCAUCAGAGGUAGCCCGGCCCUCUAGUCAUUCACCCCCCAAGCCAAGACUUGUGAGAUCACCGACGAAACCCAAACGGCGCUUUUCUUACGAUGAGAAUAAACUCCUGCGCGAUUUGAAGGAAAGAAACCUUCCGUGGAAGGAGAUUCAUCGCCAGUUCUCGGUUGUGUUCCCGGGUCGAUCUGUUGGGUCACUGCAAGUUCAUUACAGUACCAACUUGAAGCAUUGA